AAACAAAAAUAAUCAUCCAUGAGGGCGUAUAAAACAUCAUCAGACAUCAAAUGAUAACUACAGUGUUUAGAUAGUUCCGUGAUAUAUAGGACCGACUCGUGAAAGUAGUUUUAAGAAGUGACGAAAUGGAAAUAAUAUUUGUGUCACAAUUCUUAUUAAUGAUCCAACUUCUUAUAGCAAGUGCUUACGCAUCCAACUUCCAGCUUAACUUCCGUUCUUCGAAUACUCAUGUCAUAAUCAACACCAAUCAAAGAUCGCUAACAGUAGAACGGGAUGGAAGAAUAGUCCAAAAUAUCUUAUUGGAUCUCGAUAUUUUAUCAGCAAACGAGUAUGAAGAAACGCUCCAGGGAUUCGUGUUGCGUAACAGACAGCGAGAACAAAUUGAAUUCCUCGUCAAUGUAGACCGGCCCGAUCUAGCUCUUUUUACCGUGGCCAGAAGAAGCAGAUAUCGUUCGACGGAAUUAUCCGAUUGCGUGAAACUAAAAGGAUCGAACUGGUUUGGAGGACCUGAACAGAAAAACCAACACUGGCCGAUUCAGAAGCUACAACUGCAAAAUUACUCCUACCUAUCAAAGCAAGUAGACAACUGUGCGGUGGCCGAGCGCUACUGGUUGAACUCGCUAGGAUCGUUCAUCUUCGUAGACGACGAAACGCCAUUGUUCGUAGAUCAGAACUCCCGUGAGCCGGGCUGUCUGUGCUUAGAAGCGAAGAAACAUCUGCCCUAUGACACUCGCGAAGAGACCUUCUCAUUCGUCUACCAGAUCGGGGUCGGCAAGGAUGCCAAAGAAGCUCAUCUAGCCGCAGUUGAAACUGUUCUCGGAAAACCUGGCGGACAUCCAGCUGAGGAGAUGGUGAAGUACCCGAUUUGGUCUACCUGGGCGCGCUACAAGAGAAACAUAAACGAGAGUGUUGUCUUGAAACACGCUGAUGACAUUGCGCAAAACGGGUGGACGAAUUCCCAAUUCGAAAUAGACGACUUCUGGGAAACGUGCUACGGCUCGUUAACGAUGAACCCCACAAAGUUUCCGGACAUGAAACAAACCGUUUCGGACGUCAAAAGCAAGGGACUCCCCAGGGUUACUUUGUGGGUGCACCCAUUCAUCAACAAGGAUUGCGAGCCCUUCUACUCGGAGGCUAAAGAAAAUGGAUACUUGGUUACAGACCAUAACGGUAACUCCGAUCACUGGUGGUGGAACAGUGAAAUGAAUCAAUCAGCCUCCAUAGAUUUCACGAACCCAGAUGCAGCAGAGUGGUUCACCCGUCGUCUACUGAAUAUCCAAGAACUGUACGGAAUCGAUAGUUUCAAAUUCGAUGCUGGCGAAACCGAUUGGAUUACCUCGGAUGCCAUUCUUAAUGGACCUCGUUCGCAGCAUCCGACCGUAUAUACAAACGAUUUUCUACGAACUGUUGCCAAGUUCGGAAACUUGAUCGAAGUUCGAUCUGCUCAUCGCACUCAAGAUCUUGCGGUAUUCGUGCGUAUGCUUGACAAGGAUACCGAAUGGCAUGGUACAAAUGGAUUACCCACAUUGAUCACCACAUUGCUGCAGAUGAAUAUGGUGGGGUAUCCGUUGGUUCUGCCAGACAUGAUCGGUGGAAAUGGGUACGAUCCUGGUGUUGCCGAUGGCAAUAAUCCACCAAGCAAGGAGUUAUUCAUCCGAUGGCUGCAGGCGAAUGUAUUCAUGCCGAGUAUACAGUUUUCAUACGUCCCAUUCGACUUCGAUGAGGAAACCGUUACAAUUUCCAAGGAAAUGACCAACCUCCACAUGAAGUACACUCCAUUGAUAAUGGAGCGUUUCAGGGCGGCUGUUUCCGGAGGAUAUCCAGUGAAUCCACCAAUUUGGUGGGUAUCUCCAGAGGAUACCGUUGCUCAAGUAAUCGAUGAUCAAUACCUUUUAGGCGAUGAUGUGAUUUCGGCACCGGUAGUCGUGGAGAACGCACGUGCCAGAGACAUCUAUCUUCCGAAAGGCAAAUGGAUCGAUGGAAAUUUUGCAACCGUUUACGAGGGACCAAUUUGGCUUCGGGAUUAUGAGGUCCCAUUGAGCAUGUUGCCUUAUUUUGUUAGAAAUACUCUAUAUGAGAAAAUGCAAUAAAUAUUCAUAAAC